ACCAUGAAUUUAGAGCCUAUAAAUAAUGCUUUGUCUCAGUUGCGCGUUUUGCGAUCGAGUGUUGGUCAAGUUUUCGAAACACUCGGAACGGGAUUGCGUACGGAUCAUGGCGAAGAAGGGAAGGAGCAGAAGUUUCUUCAAGAGCUGCAGGAGCUGCUCAACUCCGUCAACGCAAACCUCAAAGACUUUGAAUCCUGCAUCAACGAUCUGACUCCGUCGCAAACGCCGCUCAAUCUUGCCAACACAGCUUACCUCUCGCUAGAGACAAACCUCGAACGACAAGCACUGUAUCCGCAUCUGGUGCAAAGCUACAAAUGGCAUGAUAAACUGCACGAAUACAGCACGUUCGCCUCGACGCUGCUGCAGCAAAACUCACUGAAACGCUCGUACUACACCAACACCAAGCGCAGACGUUCGCUACCAUCGAGCCACCUGGCCACGCCGCAGAUGGUGGAAAAUCUGAUCGGAAGCAUUCACUAUAACAACAUGAACCUGAAGAUUGCGCGCCCAUUCAUGACGAAUGCGAUACUGCAUAUUACGAUAGCACGUGUUUUGCGAGCUGCAGUUAUACUGAAGGGACUACUGAUCGAAUGGGUAACGGUGAAAGGAUACGAGGAGUCCCUGCUGGAUGGUGUGGAUGAGCAGUGGACCGAAUCAAGGCAUCAAGUUUUCCGGAAGGUACAGGACCAUGCACAUUCGGCAAUGCUGCACUUUUUCUCACCCACCCUGCCCGAGCUGGCCAUACGAAGCUUUAUAACAUGGUUCAGAAGCUACGUUACACUGUUUGCUGAUCCGUGUAAAAAGUGUGGAAAGCAUCUUCACAAUACGUUACCUCCGACCUGGCGAGAUUUGAGAACGUUGGAGCCGUUCCAUGAAGAGUGCAAGCAGUAGGUUUCGUAUCACAAUUAGAUACGUAAGGAAAA